UAAAAUCGGAAAAAAUGCCAGUUCGGAUCGACCAUCCUUCACGACGUUUGGCUCUGAAAUUACGUACCAAUUCAUCAUUUCCGACAUCUCCUACCCCGUUUGCUGUACAUAGUUUAAUAUCUACAUACAACCAAAAAAAAAAUCUUACAAAAUUUACCCCAAAUACUCUAAUAAUAUAUAUAUUAGAGGUGUUCCUAUUUAAAGGAAGCUAAUACAGAGAAGAAGAAGAUAUGCAAAGCCAAAGGGUCUAAGACCCAUCACGCAAGUACUAGAUUAGGGAAAGAAGAAGUACAAGAUUAAAUAACACAGCAAAUCAGAAUACUGAAACAUUUCCUGAAAAUCAGGCUGAACAAUAUAUCAGGUUGAAGAAAGACAAAGACGGUUUUGUUGUAAGAUAUAUAGAUGAUACAAUUGGAAAAGGGGUGUUUGCUGAAAGAUCUUUUAGCAAAGGUGAAUUUCUUUUGGAAUAUGAUGGGGAUCUUGUUUCGAACAAAGAGGGAACUAGGAGAUUGGAGGAACACAGCAAUACCUUUGGCUGCUAUGUGUUUUUUUUCAAGUAUGGAGGCAAAAGUUUAAGCAUAGAUGCUACUUUUUCUAAACAAAUGGGAAGGUUUGUUAAUGAUGGAGUUGGAGCAGAUGAGAAUGCUUUAAUGAAAAGAAUUGUUGUGGAUGGGAGCCCACAUUUAGUUUUAUUUGCCAGAAGGGAUAUAUAUAUAGGAGAUGAAAUCAGAUAUGACUAUGGUGAUGUUAGUCGAAACCUCCCAUGGAGAAAGAGACCACUAACAGAUGAAAAAAAAAAUACGACAUUGAAAGAAUGUUGUGUUUCAAUAAGAAGACUGGAGAUUAAAGAUGAUAGUCAUAAAGUGGCAUGCAAUAGAGAGGCAUAUACUGACAGUGAUAGUGAUAUUGAGAACUUGACAAGGAAACAAAGAGUUUUGAAACUACCAUCUGAUGAUGAAGAUGAGGAGAAACAAGAAUUAGACCUAAGUAAUGAGGUUAAACAAGUAUUGAAUCAACCAUCAGAAGAUGAGGAAGUUGGUAGUAAUAUUGGGGUUAGAGAAGUUUUGAUACAACCAUUAGAAGAUGAGGAAGAGGGCAGUAAUAUUGAGGUUGAAGAAGAAAAAUCUGAAGGGGAAACUGAAAAGCUAUUUGUAUGUGCCCUAUGUGAUAAAAAACUAAGAAGUAGAGAAUCAUUUCUGAGCCAUAUGGGCGUGCAUUUCACUGAUAAUGUAAAGAGAAUGCUACCCAAAUCAAAUGAUACUACAGAACACAUACCUGCUCAAAUUGAAAUGAAUAGUCAAGGGAAAGCCAGUUGCAGUGAAGGACCAAAAAAGGACAGAGGCCCACCACUUAAAUCCUCUAUGGUUGGUUUAGAUGCAGGAGAUGCCAGUCAAAAUGAAAGUUACAGUAAAGAUGGAGAUAAUAUUGAAAGAAUAUCACCUGCAUUCAAUGAUACUUCAAUACGCAUACCUGCACAAAAUAAGAUGAAUUGUCAGGAGACAGCCAGUUGCAGUGAAGGACCAAAGAAAGCUAGAGGCAGACCAGUGAAAUCAUCUACUGGAGAAAAAAGCAAAUCAACAAGGUCAAAACCUUACAGACCCUGCCCUUUCUGUGGUCUCCUUAUGGCUAGAUUGUCCAAUCACAUCCUUCGCAAACACAAAGAUAUUCCUGAGGUCAAAGUUUUAAAAAGGCUGCCCCAUCAAGAUCAAGUAAAGCAAAUGGCUAACCUGAGGAAAGAAGGUAUUUGGAAAGCUAAUUUAGACCAGGUGAAAAAAAUGGAGGAUGAAGGAUCUCAAGCAGAAGUAAAAUAUUUUAAAGAGAGGGAACAUGGAGCAGGUCAACUUGCUUACUGUUCUUUAUGUAAAGGUUUUUUAACAAAGUCUUACUAUAAGAGACACAGAUCCACAUGCACUGCAGUUGAAUCUACAACAACUACAGCAAAAGCCUUAGAUCCAGUGCAUAUUGCAUCUCCAAAGUUUACUUCUUCAUUUAACUUUGAUGUUCUAGCAAAAUUCCAUAAUUCUGAGGUAGGAAAUUUAUGUAGAACAGACAAUCUUAUAACAUCAUUUGGGCUGCAGAUGUAUAGAAAUGUGGAGGCUAAGAAAAGUAAAAAAGAAGAAAAAAGAAAAUCAGUUAUGUCAGAUAUGAGGAGACUGGCCCAUUUAUUGUUAGAAUUUAGAAAACAAUGUGAGAUAAAUGGUGAUGCUGAGGCUAAAUCAGCUGUAAACAUGUUUGACAGAGGCAAUUUUCAUUCGUUGGAGUCAUCCAUUUUAGCCCUAACAAUAAAUGAAGAAACUGGGCACACAAAAGCAGGGCUAAAAAUCGGAUAUGGCUAUCUCAUAAAGAGAGUUAUCAAAUAUCUCACUGGAGAAUUUCUCAUCCAAAAAAAAGAUGCUGAAGUUGAUGAGAUUAAGCGCUUCGGAGAUCUAUUGGAAUUUUGCUGGCCAGGUAUAUUUGGGGAUGCAGAAUAUAAAAUAACUGUACUAAGACAGAAAGAAUUGAGGAUGCCAUCUCGCCUUCCAGAUGAGGAUGAUGUUAAGAUGUUGAAAGAAUGGCUGGAAAAUAAAAUCAAAGACAUUAAAACCAAAUUCCAAUUUAUAACUUCUAAUGAAUAUGCUGAGAUUAGAGAUUUACUUGUAUGCAGAUUAACACUAUUUAAUGCUCGAAGAGGAGGCGAACCUGCUAGGCUUUUACUAUCAGAAUGGGAUGAUGCAGAAAAUGGGGUCUGGUUUUCGCAAGAUUCAGUGGAAAAGGUGGAGGACCCCAUUGAGCAAAAAUUAUUAUGUGAAUUAAAGAUUGCAUACCAAGCAGGAAAAAGAAAGCUUGUGUCACUGUUAAUACCCCAGGAUUGUUGGGAUGCCAUUAGAAUCCUUGCAGAUGAAAAAGUUCGAGAUGAUGCCGGCAUUGGGAAAGGAAAUAAAUUUUUAUUUCCCACAACUGCUGGUAAAGAUGAACAUGUAAUUGGAUGGAGUUGUGUAAAAAAAUGUUGCAAAAAAGCCAGACUUAGCAAGGACAUCACUGCUACUGAUAUGCGACACAGGGCUGCAACUUUAUAUGCUGCAAUGGACAUCCCAGAAAAAGAGCGCCGAUUAUUUUAUUUACACAUGGGGCACAGUGCAGACAUGAAUAGAGAUGUAUACCAGUGCCCUGAAUCUGUGAGGAUAACAACAUCUGUUGGGAAAGCUCUUCAAUGUUUAGACAGGGGAAACAUGAAAGCUUCCUCAUCAAAAGUUGCAGAGACUGGUCCAAAAAAUCCAGAAAUUACCUUCUCUCUUAAAGACUUUUUGAAUGAACUGGUGGAUGAUAAUGUUGCAGUAAGGGCAAUAUCAGGAAAAGGAUUGAUAGAGGAAGAUGAAGUAGAACAAAGACCAGAAAAAAUAAGAGCUGCAAGCUGCAUGAAAGAUCUGAUGCUACAAGAUGCAGCAAAAGAAUACUUCACAGAUGAUGCUUGGCUGGCAGCUGAAUCAGUUUUUGAUUUACUUCCAGACUGUAGUGAUGAUGAAUCUGAGAGAUCCCACAUGAUUUUAAAUACAACAGAUGUAAGUGAUAUAAACUUAAGAGAUUGUGAAGAUGAACCAUGUUCUUCAAAUGAUUCUAUGAUAUCUGGUGAUACAGAGGAGCAACUAGAGAGAAGAACAAACAAAAGGAAAAGUUCAACAUAUGAUGAUAACAAGGCUGCAAAACUUCAGAAAGUUCCAACUGAACCUGAGGCAGAAAAAGGGAAAAGUUCAACAUAUGAUGAUAACAAGGCUGCAAAACUUCAGAAAGUUCAAACUGAACCUGAGGCAGAAAAAGGGAAAAGUUCAACAUAUGAUGAUAACAAGGCUGCAAAACUUCAGAAAGUUCCAACUGAACCUGAGGCAGAAAAAGGAACAAAAAGAAAAUAUAAAUUAUGGACUGAAGAGAAUACUAAAGUAGUGGAUGUUUAUUUUAAGAGAUACAUUACAGAUACAUCUAGCUUGGACAACAAAGGGUCAUUGCCAGGAUCAAAAGAUGUAAGAGAGUUUCUUCAGAAGCAUCCAAUCCUUCAAGAUAUUGAAAUUAAAAAAAGGAUAACAGCCAUCAAGACAAAAAUCUUCAAUGAUAGAAAAGUUUACAGAGAAAAAAUUUCAAAGAAACUUAAGAAAAACCUCCAAACAUCAUCUCUCAGCCAACAGACAAUCUAGUAUCGACUUAGAUAAGCCUACACAUCUCUCCACCAACAGACAGCCUGGUCUAAACUGGAACAGCCUUUUAAUCUAAAAACUAACAGCCAGCCUGGACUGUACAGAAUCAGCAUCCUCAUCGCUCCAUUUACAGAUAGUCUGGUGUGUACUGAUACAGACCUCCAUAUCUCGUGAUCAACAGAUAUCAUGGUUUGUACUGAAACAGAUUUUCAUCUAUCAACCAACAAACAACCUGGUGUGUUAUUAAUCAGCAUCAUCAUCCCUCCACCAACAGAAAAACAGCUGAGGCCAACAAGAAUUGACUUUUAGGAAUGAUGUUUGUGCCAUAUGAUAAGUAACAACUACUUAAGUUUAUUUUUCCUACACUUUUAGUUGUGACCUGCAGCAGAUAUUUUAGUCAUUAUUUCACCAUUGUAAAGCCCUGCAGCUGAAGAGUCUCAGAAAAUGCUAAGUAUGUUACUGCUUUACCAUAGCUUAUAAUAUAUAUGAUUAAAGGUUUACCACAGCUUAUAUAAAAUUUUGUUUAAAGGUACUAUAAAUGUUGGCGUAAAAUGCAAGUUUUGUUUUAAUUAGCUUUAAGGAUUAUAGUUAAAAUAGUACAUACAAAAAACUUGAAACCCUAUUUUUAUAUGACCAUAAAUUUUUGCGGUCUUGCUGCUGUUCAACAUUAUCGGCCACAAAUAUAGUUUCCUGACUAAAACUGAAGUAUUUGCUCAAUUGUUAAUAAUUUUAACUUAAGGAGGCUUGCGGGUAAAAGAUUUUCAAAAAAAAAAAUAAACAUUAAUUUUUCAAUACAAAUUUUAUUUAUAACCUUUAAUAGUUAUAACUUUAUCAUUUGGUACAAAAAUCGUUCCAAAAAAUCAAUUUGUGUUGACCCCAGAUGACUUUUAAAAUGUAGAUAUCAUGUUAAAAGCUCCAAAUUAUCUCCCUUUGGUGCAAAAAUGCCAUUUUUUGGCAUUAAAAUUGAAAUAUCUUUUUUAACUUAUCGGUGACCUAUAUUUUUUAUUGUUGUUUUCAAAUAAGCUGUACAUAAACUAAAUAAUUGUUAAAUUUGAGCGAUUUCUGUAAUUCAGUUCUUUUUUGAUUUCGAUAUUACCGUUUUUUCUCCUAUUAGUUCAACGGAAAAAAAGGACAUCAACAAAAAUGUUUGCUUCUUUCGAAGGCAGAUUGUGAGCGUAAAUGAACGGUGACCCCAUUUUUUUAUUUCAUUUUUCUAUUAAGUAUAAGAUAAAGUUCAUUUAUAGAAAAAUAAAGAGAAAUCCUAUAUUAAAUAAAAAAAAUCAUUUAGACCCGCGAGCCCCCUUAACGUUAAUGAAUGUGUGUAUCGUGAGUUUCUCUCACUGACAACACUGGAUAAUAGCUAAGUGCUAUAUGCUAAUGACUAAAAAAUUAACCUUGUUAAACUUAUAUUUUGUGACUUCAAUAACUUGUAUUUAAAAGGGAAGUUACAAACAUAUGUUAAAUAAAAAUAUAGAUUCUAUAUCAAUGAAACUGAAUUAAUCACGGAAUGUAAAAUAUAUUUCUGUUUGAUUUUGGUUUUAUUAUCUCAAGAUGAUAUGCUAAUGACUAAAAAAUUAACCUUGUUAAACUUAUAUUUUGUGACUUCAAUAACUUGUAUUUAAAAGGGAAUUACAAACAUAUGUUAAAUAAAAAUAUAGAUUCUAUAUCAAUGAAACUGAAUUAAUCACGGAAUGUAAAAUAUAUUUCUGUUUGAUUUUGGUUUUAUUAUCUCAAGAUGAUCUAGGCUUCACCCCC